AUGUACUUACUGCCUAAUUUACCGCAGAUUGUCCAGUUGGAGAUGAGCGUGGGCGCAGCCCUAGCAGUGGCAAAUGAAGUGGCUGGACUCAUCCCCACUCAUCGUCAGUGUUCUGUCGAGAUUACAAACAAAUGCUGCAAAUAUGUUCUGUCCAAGCCCAGUGUCCACAUUGUGAGUGGCGUCUGCGCUGAACCUUUGCCGCCACACAUCGGCCCACGUUCAUCUGGGAAGGCGCUGUUCACCAAGACCCCCCAUGCAGCUCGUGGAUCUGUGGGAGUCUUCACGUACGACCUCCUCGAUCAACCAACGAAGAAGCCCACAGUGAAAGUUGCCGUCAUGUUCUCUGUGCCCUAUGACUUCAACCUCUACUCCAACUGGUUCGCAGUGGGGAUCUUCAACACGUGCACCGAGUGUAACUACGAUCUGUACUAUAAGAUGUACAACAACACAGGCCAAACAUUCAGAAGGCGCAAAGCAGAUGGAAAAACACUGACCCAUAAGGGCUGUGAUGUCACUGUCAUGGCAACCAUGUCCAAUUCAUACCAACCUGUCAUGAAGGUGGAAGUUACUGAUGACUGAAAUCAGGGAAUUGAAAUAUGGGGUAAGGACGCUGUCCAAAUAUUAGUGUCCAU